AUCCACAACAAGGAGCUGUCUGAGGAGCCCAUCCACACUCAGAGCACACUCACUGGAGCUCACUCACACUACAGUGUACAGUACUGGAGACUGGGGGGCACUGGCAACUUACAUUGGGACACUUACCCCAAAAUGACAAGCCUGGCUGGAGCUGUGCCAAGAAUGAUGAGACCAGCUCCGGGACAGAACUACCCCAGGAGUGGAUUCCCACUAGAAGUGUCCACCCCUCUAGGCCAAGGCAGAGUGAACCAGCUGGGUGGAGUGUUCAUCAACGGCAGACCCCUACCCAACCACAUCAGGCAUAAGAUAGUAGAGAUGGCCCAUCAUGGCAUCCGCCCAUGUGUCAUCUCCCGCCAGCUCCGGGUGUCCCAUGGCUGUGUGUCCAAGAUCCUGUGCAGAUACCAGGAGACCGGCUCCAUCAGGCCAGGGGCCAUCGGGGGCAGCAAACCCAAGCAGGUGACCACUCCAGACGUGGACAAGAAGAUCGAGGAGUACAAGAGGGACAACCCGGGUAUGUUCAGCUGGGAGAUCCGGGAUAAGCUGCUGAAGGACGGGGUGUGUGAUCGUAACAGCGUCCCGUCAGUCAGCUCCAUUAGCCGUAUUUUGAGGAGUAAAUUUGGAAAAGGGGAAGAGGAUGAUGUGGAUCUAGAGAGAAAGGAGCAAGAGGAGCAAGAGAAGAGGACAAAACACAGUAUAGACGGGAUCUUGAGAGAGAGAGCUCCUUCAUCCCCCCACUCUGAAGAGGGUUCUGACAUUGACUCUGAACCAGACCUCCCUUUGAAAAGGAAGCAGCGAAGAAGCAGGACCACAUUCACGGCUGAACAGCUGGAGGAACUAGAGAGAGCGUUUGAGAGGACUCACUAUCCUGAUAUUUACACUAGGGAAGAACUUGCUCAAAGAGCCAAGCUAACCGAGGCCCGAGUACAGGUGUGGUUUAGUAACCGCCGUGCCAGGUGGAGGAAGCAAGCAGGAGCCAAUCAGCUAAUGGCCUUCAAUCACCUGAUCCCAGGGGCUUUCCCACCUUCUGCCAUGCCAGCUCUACCAACCUACCAGCUAUCAGAGACAUCCUACCAACCUACAUCCAUACCACAAGCUGUGUCUGAUCCAAGCAGCACGGUUCACAGACCCCAACCUCUCCCUCCGAGCAGUGUUCACCAAAGCAGCCUUCCUUCCAACCCUGAGAACAGCUCGGCCUACUGCCUGCCCAGCGGCCGGCAUGGAUUUUCCAGUUACACAGACAGCUUUGUACCCCCAUCUGGGCCUUCCAACUCCAUGAACCCCACCAUUGGCAAUGGCCUUUCACCUCAGGUAAUGGGUCUCCUCACUAAUCAUGGUGGAGUGCCUCACCAACCUCAGACUGACUAUGCCUUAUCACCAUUAACUGGAGGUCUUGAACCCAGCACUGCUGUGUCAGCAAGUUGCAGCCAGAGACUAGAGCACAUGAAGACAUUGGAUAGUCUAUCAACAUCUCAGUCAUACUGCCCACCAACUUAUAGCACAUCAGGAUACAGCAUGGAGCCUGUAACGGGAUAUCAAUACAGCCAGUAUGGACAGAGUGCUUUUCAUUAUCUGAAGCCAGAUAUCGCAUAGAAUGACUGUCUCUCCGAUGGUGUUAGAAACAGAAGUUGGACAUGAUGGAUAUUCUCAUCAAUGGGCAACACCAACUGGAGCUUGACUGGGACAAAUAAGUAGAUGAAUAUGACUUCUUUUAUGCAAGUGAAGUGGAUAAUAAGAGAUAUUAUAAAUCGGCUGGCUGUGAAGGAAAAAAGUGGACAUCCUACUAUCCUCCUGGAGUGACUUAUCUAAAGACUGGGCAUGUGUCCCAAGCAUGGAAGCCACAGCAAACCUCUACUUUGGAAGUCAAAGCUUUUCCCAGGAUCCCAGGAGAGGCUGGAGAGAGAUCAUUUUUUAAAAUUUGUACUUGGAUUACUAGCAAAGUGGUGAGGCAGCUGUUAAAGAGAAGCCUUUCUAAGUCAGACCCGGCCUUCUGAAUGGCACAGAGCAGGGAAUAAACAGGAUUUUGUGCCUCAUGGUCUUGGUCAUGGAGAAACGCUCUCACUUUGCAGCUCGAUUUGACUGUAUAGAAGACAUUCCAUGUUACAGACACAAGUUUGAUCAUCAGCUUGUUAUUUAGGGUUCACAUAAAUAGACAAAUAAUGUCUUAUGUUUUUUAAGACUUUACUAGGAUUAACGCCCAGCAUUUAAGAACUGGCAAAUACAUUUGGCGUGAAAAAUAACUGAGAGGGGAACGCCCAGCGCCAAAUUCUGACUGAAAGACAUUGAUUUCAUGGCUGUCAAUCAACGUGCAAUAACAUACCUCACUUCAACAUCCCUUUCAUGUCUUGCAAAUACAAUGGGGUUGUAUUUUUUCUGCAAGUUUAUUCAUUUUCAAAGAAAUUUCUCAACCUUGAUUUCACAUUUUCUACAAGAAAGCCACUCUUUCUAUUUUAUAAUACAGUAAAAAGGCAUUCCACCAUAUUGUCUGUUGUAUGUUUCUAUAAUCCGGUAGUAAGCCACCUGUGGAUUGUUUUCUUUCCAAAUGUUUGAUUUGAAAACCCAUUAUGUCUUUGACAAAAACUUUAGGCAAGGCAUGCUGGGAUUGGUAAUUGAAUGUUAUGGAACAAUCCAUUGUGGGGUUUGCCUACAGGAAGUUAUUUUGACUAAUUAGUUUAUAUGAUUAUAGAACAUGGUAUUUCCAAGCCAACCUCUGACCUACAGCUCAUACUGAUCAUUGGGAUCAGCAUUUUCUGGCUUACACCUAGAAAGGAAAACUAUCAACCUAUUCCCCAACACUGAACCCAAUACACUGGGUUAUAAAUAAUGUGGGUGAACAUGAGUCCAAUGAGGAGUCACU